AUGCCAUCAUUAGAUGUACAGAUUCAAAAGCUAGAAAAAACGCUAUUAUCUAAUGAAGCAUAUAUUAACUAUUUGGAAAAAGAAAUCUCGAAUAGGGAUGAAGGGCUAGGAGAGCUAGAAAUUCUUCGUAAAAAUAAUAUGGACUUACAAAAACGCCUUAAAAAAGCAUUGUUAGAUACAGAGUAUAAAGAAGAAUCCUUGGUUAUUUUAGAUAGCCGAAUAUCUAACCUUCAACAAGAAAUAAUUGACCUAAAAAAUAGAAUCCAAGAUAUAACAUCGCGAAAAAAAAAGUUAGCCAUGGCUCGAGCACCUAUUGCAUCAGUUACUCCUAUAGAAAUUUUUCGUAUUCUAUCUCGAUAUGAUUCAGGCGUGUCAAAUGGGCUAAAUUUUUCACUUAGUAGAGCCUGGAUGCCCAUAGUCAUACCGCCUAUAUUUUCUUCGGCAUAUUUUGAAAGUAGCCAGGCAUUGAAACGGGCUGGAGGUGCAAGAAUAAUUUUGUAA